CAGCGACCGGGAGGCGUAAACACAGCAGCUAUGGCAGCUCAUCUUAAGAAACGCGUUUACGAGGAGUUUUCUAAAGUAGUCGUACAGCAGGUGUCUCUUGAAGAGGUACCUGCGAAGAAGCUUCGGCUGACCAAACCCAGUAAAUCAGCAGCUCUUCAUUUGGACCUGUGUAAAGCCAGCAGCCCCACAGACGCCCUGCAGCAUCUCCUUAGUUUCGCACGCAAGCCGGUGGAGGCCGAGAGCGUGGAGGGGGUGGCGCGCAUACUGCUGGAGCAUUAUUACAAGGAGUCUGAUAAUUCUGUCAGGUUGAAGAUUGCUUCUCUGCUGGGAUUACUGUCAAAGACACAGGGCUUCUCUCCAGACUGCAUAGUAGACGAUGCUGUCAACGUUCUCAACAAUGAAAAGUCUCAUCAGGUGUUGGCUCAGCUGUUGGACACUCUGCUGAUCAUUGGUACUCAACUCCCAGACAAAACUGCAGUUAUUCAGAGACUUAUUGAUGUAGCGUGCAAGCAUCUGUCCGGCACGUAUUUUGGGGUGAGGAACAAGUGUCUGCAGCUCUUGGGUUGUCUAGGAACGGUAGAUAAACCUCUCAAUAAAGAGACUGAUCCAGGACCAGCAGGACAGACGGCACUCAUACGAGAUGUGCAAAGUGUCAUCAGCGACUACUUUCAGGACCAGGACCCUCGCGUCCGCACUGCUGCCAUUAAAGCAAUGCUGCAGCUACAUGAAAGAGGAAUGAAAAUUCAACAGAAUAUUUACAACCAGGCCUGUAAGCUCUUGAAUGAUGAUUAUGAGCAGGUUCGCUCAGCAGCAGUGCAGAUGGUUUGGGUUCUGAGUCAGCUUUACCCUGAAAGUAUUGUUCCCAUACCCUCGUCCAAUGAGGAGAUCCGACUUAUAGACGACUCAUUUGGGAAGAUCUGUCACAUGGUCAGCGAUGGCUCGUGGGUUGUCAGAGUGCAAGCUGCUAAACUGCUGGGCUCUAUGCACCAAGUCAGUCCUCAUUUCCUGGAGCAGACUUUAGACAAGAAACUGAUGUCAGAUCUGAGGAGAAAGCGCACGGCUCACGAGCGAGCUAAAGAGCUGUACGCUUCUGGAGAGUUCUCGUCUGGACGCCGCUGGGCCGAUGAUGCCCCCAAAGAGAAAGUCGAUACCUCGGGUGUGAAUCUCAUCGACUCCGGAGCCUGUGGGGCAUUCGUUCACGGGCUGGAGGAUGAAAUGUACGAAGUGCGCAUCGCCGCUGUAGAAGCUCUCUGUUCGCUCGCCCAGUCGUCACCCAGCUUCGCAGAAAAGUGUCUGGACUUCCUGGUGGACAUGUUUAAUGAUGAAAUCGAGGAGGUGCGACUGCAGUCCAUCCAUGCGCUGCGGCAGAUCUCCACUCACAUCACCCUCAGAGAAGACCAGCUGGACACUGUGCUCGCGGUACUGGAGGACAAAUCUCGAGACAUUCGCGAGGCUCUGCACGAGUUGCUCUGCUACACUAACGCCUCCACCAAGGAUUGCAUUCAGCUGGCUCUGCUGGAGCUCCUGAAGAACCUCAGCAAGUACCCGACCGACCGCAACUCAGUCUGGAAAUGUCUGAAGUUCCUCGGUGCUCGACACCCAACACUGGUGUUGCCCAUCGUCCCGGAACUUUUGAGCACUCACCCGUAUUUUGACACCCCUGAACCAGACAUGGACGACCCUGCCUACAUCGCUGUAUUAGUGCUGGUCUUCAAUGCAGCCAAAUCCUGUCCCACAAUGCCUGCGCUGUUCUCAGAUCACACGUUCUGUCACUACGCCUACCUUCGUGACAGCCUGUCCCACCUGGUGCCACAUCUCCGGCUGCCGGGCAGAAAGCAGACGGCUGGUUCGGAGGCAUCAGGUGUGGCUUCAGGCAGUCUGGAGUCUGCACGGACCUUCCUGCAAGACAGCAUCGUUCGUGUCAGCGCCCUUCAGAAUCUGGAGUCUCCUGGAGCUCAGGAUCUGCUAGAGUUCACGAUCAGAGAUCUGCAGCGUCUGGGCGAGCUACAGACUGAGUUGGCUGGAUCCGCAGAUUUCUGUGCCACGUAUCUCCGCUGCCAAUUGCUGCUCACCAAGGCUCUCCAGGAGAAGCUAUGGACGAUGGCCGUGCCUCUGUGUCUCAAACAGAAUGCUAAAGUCUCCACGGCUGCCCGGCAGAUCCUGGACGAGACGUAUAAACUGGAGUUCUUGUACAGCGGAUUGGAGACGCAACAGAUCGCCACGAUCCACAACGUUCGUCUGCAGGCGAAAGCGUUACAGCUCAUCCUCGCCGCCCGAUCCAAACGAGGGGUUGAUCGUGUUCUUGGUGUUUGUGAGAAAUUCUUACAAGAUGUGGAGUCGUUUCAGAGGCUGUUCGUGAUGGAAUUGCCACAUUUCCAGGACAGUUUUGUGGAGAAACUCUUGGAGUUGAUGCCCAGACUGGUGGCCUGUAAACCUGCUGAUCUUGUUAAAAUCCUCCAGACCACCCUGCGCCAAAGCAGAUUCAUUCAUCUCAAACUACCCAAGCAGAUCCACAGGGCAUCGGCAACGAUUAUUGAGCCAACGGGAGAAUCGGACAAUCCUUUAAGAUUCACCUCUGGUCUGGUGGUGGCGUUAGAUGUCGAUGCUACUCUUGAACACGUGCAGGAUCCACAGACAACAGUCAAAGUGCAGGUUCUGUAUCCGGAUGGACUGUCUCAUAUAAUCCACCCCAAACCUGGAGAUUUCAGAACCCCAGGACCUGGACGCGUGCGACUGGUCACACAGGUUUAUCUCUCUCAUUCUGCCUGGACAGAGCCAUGUCAGAUUGAGGUCCGAUUGCUUCUGGCCUACAGCUCCAGCAGUAAGCUUUCUGCAUCUAAACCUGCGUGGAACGACAGCAUGGAUGGGCUCCCCACCAGCGAGAGCUCCAUCGAGGGCACAAUCCACCUCAGCAAACCUGUCAAAGUCUUUAUCAUGCCAAAACCAUCUCGCCGCUAACCUCUGUACAGCUAUAGUCGUUCUUGUUAGUGGUCAAAAGUGUGUUUAAUCGGAAAUAAAUUGUUUUUGAUUACUUGAA